AUGAGCAGCCAGGACAAAUGGGUCACUCUGACCCCAGCUGAAUUCGCCCUGCUCCAAGAGUACACUCAGUACUCAACCAAGAAGCUGAAGGAUGUUCUGCAGGAGUUCCAUGGAGAUGGUGUGUUGGCUAAAUACAAUCAAGAGGAGAAGCAGGACAUCCUCAGCCAGGAGAUUGACUUUGAGGGCUUCAAGGUCUUCAUGCAGACGUUUCUGGAGAGCGAACUCCCCGAAGAGUUCUGUCAACACCUCUUCAUGACGUUCAGCAACAAGGGACCCAAACCCAGUCCCUCAUCUUCUGACAAACCCAGAGUCUCUGGUGAGUGGCUGAAGCUGAUCAAAGGCAGCUCGACCCCCAUGAGGACGGCCGCUCUGCCCCUGCCUCUGGACACGGUGCAGCUGAAGGACAUCGUGUGUUACCUCUCCUUGCUGGAGGGCGGGCGUCCUGAGGACAAGCUCGAGUUUAUGUUUCGCCUCUAUGACACUGAUGGAAACGGGUCUUUGGACAGCUCGGAGCUGGAGCACAUUAUCUCCCAGAUGAUGCAUGUAGCCGAGUACCUGGAGUGGGACGUGACUGAGCUGAAACCAAUCCUCCAGGACAUGAUGAGGGAGAUCGACUACGAUCACGAUGGCACGGUGUCUCUGGAGGAGUGGAUCCAGGGCGGCAUGACCACCAUCCCACUGCUGGUGCUGCUGGGCCUGGAGACGAAUGUGAAAGAUGACGGGCAGCACGUGUGGAGGCUGAAGCACUUCAACAAGCCGGCCUACUGCAACCUGUGUCUGAACAUGCUGAUCGGACUGGGGAAGCAGGGACUCUGCUGCUCAUUCUGCAAGUACACAGUCCACGAGCGCUGCGUGGCUCGCGCUCCGCCGUCUUGCAUCAAAACAUAUGUCAAGUCCAAGAAAAACACAGAGGUAAUGCAUCAUUUCUGGGUGGAAGGGAACUGCCCCACCAAGUGUGACAAGUGUCACAAAACCAUCAAGUGUUACCAGGGCCUGACUGGGCUCCACUGUGUGUGGUGUCAAAUCACGCUCCAUAACAAGUGUGCCUCCCACGUGAAACCUGAGUGUGACUGCGGACCCCUGAAGGAUCACAUCCUGCCCCCAAACUCAAUCUGCCCCGUCGUCCUGUCACGUCUUCCUAGUGUUGUAAAAUCACCCUCUUUAUGGAUCCACCGUUUGACCUUUGACCCCCAGGAGAGACAGUCGACGCUGAGGAAGGACUCCCGGUCCAGUCUGUCGAGCAGAGGGAAGAUGCAGAGAGCCAACUCCGUCACAGUGGACGGCCAAGGGCUGCAGAUCACAACAAUAGAGGGCACUCAUCCUCUGCUAGUGUUUGUCAAUCCGAAGAGCGGGGGGAAGCAGGGAGAGAGGAUUUACAGGAAGUUCCAGUAUCUCCUGAACCCGAGGCAGGUGUACAACCUGGCCAAGAACGGACCCAUGCCAGGACUGAACUUCUUCAGAGAUGUUCCUGAUUUCAGAGUGCUGGCGUGCGGAGGGGACGGCACCGUGGGCUGGAUCCUGGACUUCAUAGAUAAGGCCAACCUGGACAGAAACCCCCCUGUGUGUAUACUUCCCCUCGGCACGGGCAACGACCUGGCAAGAUGUCUGCGAUGGGGAGGAGGCUAUGAGGGCGAGAGCCUCCUGAAGAUUGUGCGCGACAUCGAGAACAGUUCGGAGAUGAUGCUGGAUCGCUGGAAGAUCGACGUCACGCCCACCGACAAGGAGGAGCGAGGAGACCCGGUGCCUUACAGUAUCGUAAACAACUACUUCUCCAUCGGAGUGGAUGCCUCCAUUGCACAUCGCUUCCAUGUUAUGAGGGAGAAGCAUCCUGAGAAGUUCAACAGCAGAACAAAGAACAAGCUGUGGUACUUUGAGUUCGGCACUUCGGAAACCUUUUCGGCCACAUGUAAGAAGCUCCACGACUUUCUGGAGGUUGAGUGUGAUGGUGUUACGUUGGACCUCAGCAGCAUCUCCUUGGAAGGCAUAGCCAUUCUCAACAUUCCCAGCAUGCACGGCGGCUCCAACCUUUGGGGCGAGAGCAAAAAGAGGAGGGGUAACCGCAAGGGGGGCAAAAAGAGCCAAGACAAGAGGACACCAGUGCUCGACCCCAAGGAGCUCACGUUUGCAGUUCAAGAACUGUCUGACCAGCUGCUGGAGGUGGUGGGGCUGGAAGGAGCCAUGGAGAUGGGUCAGAUCUACACCGGCCUGAAGAGCGCUGGGAGACGGCUGGCACAGUGCUCCUCCGUGACCAUCAGAACCAGUAAAUCCCUCCCGAUGCAGAUUGACGGGGAGCCUUGGAUGCAGACUCCGUGCACCAUCGAGAUCGUCCACAAGAACCAGGCUCCCAUGCUGAUUGGACCGCCACAAUGCCGAAGCUUCUUCUCCUCCGUCAUCAGGCGAACGCGAGCUGAGAGCAAAGACUGAUCGGUUUCGAGACCUUCGAGUCCUCACGAGCACCUUGUAGAGCAGCGGCCACAAGUUGAUCAUCACUCGGCCCGUUAGUGAAGGGGGGGGUCAUUGAUGCCUGUUGACAGCCCAGGGCAAAGUAGCAAACUGUAGGUUCAGUGUGUAUGGCGGGCGGCGUAGAGAUGUCACUGAGAAGCCCUUAUUUAACGCGGGAUGAGGUGUGUUUA